UCGCGUGACUCGGUGCGCAUGCGCAGAGCCGCUGGCGGUUGUCUGAGUGACUUCAGUUUUGUGUUGGAUGUUGUGCAGACGUGUGUUUGUACGGAUUCUUCGAAUCUAAUCACCUUUACUUUAAUUUAACUUAACUUUCUGUUCGUGAUCUGCGCUGGAUUCAUCAGAGCGCUAUGAGUCGAGCGUCUGAAGACGGUCUGAUGUCUCCUGAGUCGAGCGUCACAUCACUGCUGGCCACAUCAGGACUCCUGCAGAGCUCCUUACACCCGGAGCCCGUCCCCAGCAUCAAAUACAGAGACAGACACUACGCUUCUGCCUCAGAGGCGCUGGAUGCGUACAUCACUGACUUCCAGAGGAGUCUGCGGGGCUCUGACACAACGACGGGGAAACUUCAGCUGCCCAGAGAGAGUUCCAAACCUCAUCCCAGAAACAGAGACGUACUAAAGACGAGUUUGACGGAUGAAGAGCUGAUCUUCUUAAACAUUCCCGUCCGGAACAGAGACUCGGAUCGGCUCAGUAUGGCCACUGACGACCUCCUGGCUCUCCCAAAUGACGGCUCUCUCCCAGUGACCCGCACCUCGGCCCUCCUCUCCCGCUCUGGGAGCUUUCCGUUGGGAUUGAGCUUCAACUGUAUCUCCGGGUCGCACUUACGGCCCGUUCUGGCUCAUAAACACUGCAUGCGGCGUCCCGUUCCACCGGUGAGCAGGACAUCCCUCCCUGUGGACCAUAUAAUGAUGGGCGGUUUGCAGUCACACGGUCAAGCUCCUCCCCCCAACAUCCUGCCAGCCAAUCGGACGCAUCCACCCGACACGCCCAGAUCCAGUCACCUCCCGCGCUGGAUGACCAGCCAGAAAUCCGAGAUGGAUUUUUCCGGGAUGACCAGCGUUCCUGAGCUGAAGUACCCGGCGUGGCUGAGACAGUGUGAAGAAUCCUCAGACGAUCAUCUGCUUCCUCCCAGAGUUCCUUCAUGGGUCGGAGAACUGGAGGAGUCCAGUGGAGAGCGUCAGUCGGACACUAAAGGUCAGCGAGAUGUCAAAGGUCAUGCAGGAGAGCCGUACGGAUCCCAGUCCAUCGCUCAGUGCAGCCUGAGAGAGCUGCGUUUACAGUCCGAACAGAAACUCGAGGCAGCGAAGAGAGGACAGAUUCAUGAAGGACAACUUUUCAAAGAAAUGCUGCCUUGGCAACAAACUGAGAAGGAGCACAACAGUUCAGGAGAUACGGAGGACGCUCUGGACGCUGACCGAUCCUGGGACAAUCCACCUGUGAUGUUUAAAUCUCCAGUGCCAGUGGGCGGCGCUGAGGAACCUCCAGCACCUGAAGAACUUCAGAGAAGCAAGUCUGCAGCUUCCUGUUCAUCAGGAUACAGCAGCAGAAAGCAUCCUGGUCCGGUGGAGGCGCUCAAACACAUGCUGUUCCGCCUGCAGGCCGUCGAGCACAAGAUCAGCCAAUCACACGCCUCCGGUGACGCCAAAACCACUGCAUCUUCAGCCGCACAGCUGGAGAGAGACACACUGGAGCAGGUUCCUCAGCAGGAAACAGAAGAAUCUGACCUGGGAAACGUGGAGUCAUUACAGAGAGCUCUUCAUCACCUGGACAGACUGAAAACACUUGUGGACGACAUGAACGAGAGGAAGGCUAGAGCAGAGGAUGAUGGGAUAGAUUGUACAGACACUCCUGCAACUAAUAUAACAGACUGGACCAGAAUCAACAAGCAGCUGUGAACCAGAAACCACAGACUGUUAUUAUCCUACAGACACAGACGCUUCAUGGAUCAUAUUAGCUGGAAGUGUGCUCACCCUCAGGUUAUUCGGGAUUAGGAUGAGUUUGUUUCUUCAUCAGGUUUGGAGAA